UGUACUGGUACAGUAAACUUAAAAUAAAAGCAAAGCGAAGUGACGAAGGCCAUUUUCAUUUUCAGAUUAGCAAGUGGAACUGGUCAACGACUAAUUACCCACUGAAAUAUCCCAAACCCUAAUUCACCCAACUAUCAAUCACUCCUCCAAUUUUUUCUCCAUAAUGUCGGUUUUGCCAUUCAUUUCUCACUGAUUUCUUAAUUUUUAAGUUGAAGAAGAGUGAGUGAGUGCUGAUGGAGGGAAAUUCCGGCGGCGGUGGUGGUGGCGGUGGCGGUGGCGGAGGAGGAAACGACGUGGAGUUGCUGUGCAAGACGUUACAGGUAGAACACAAGCUUUUCUACUUCGACCUGAAGGAGAAUCCACGCGGGCGUUACUUGAAAAUAUCGGAGAAAACGUCGGCAACAAGGUCUACUAUAAUAGUACCAUUCAACGGCAUCUCAUGGUUCCUCGAUCUAUUCAAUUACUAUGUCAAUUCAGAUGAUGAUCAACAGGACGUGUUUAGCAAAGAACUCCAACUUGAUACCAAGGUGUUUUACUUUGAUGUAGGGGAGAAUAGACGAGGACGCUUUCUCAAGGUCUCUGAAGCAUCUGUUAGCAGGAACCGUAGUACAAUUAUUGUUCCAGCAGGAAGUGCCCAAGAUGAGGGAUGGGCAGCAUUUAGGAAUAUUUUGGCAGAGAUCAAUGAAGCCUCAAGGCUAUUUAUUUCGCCCAGUCAGCAGACUUCGGAACCCUCAGAGCGUCUUGGGCUUUCAGAUGAUGUAGGAGCCGGUUUUAUAUCCAGUCACUCUUCUCAAUCUGGCCCAACAGCUGAUUUGAGUGUAGAACGGACCAUUGAUCUGCCAGCAGCUGAUGAAGUUAGUAACUUGGGGGUCUCCAAAGUAAUCAGGGCUGACCAAAAGAGAUUCUUCUUUGAUCUUGGGAGUAACAACCGGGGCCAUUUCUUAAGAAUAUCUGAGGUGGCAGGUUCUGAUCGCUCUUCCAUAAUUCUUCCUCUUUCUGGCCUGAAACAAUUUCAUGAAAUGGUGGGUCACUUUGUGGAGAUAAGUAAAGAUCGGCUGGAAGGAAUUACAGGUGCAAAUGUUCGGACAAUUGACUCUCCACAGAGAUGAAUGCUGAUGAAUGGUUGCCUAAGGCCUGGAACCAUGCACUGGAGCUGAUGGGCGGACAAUUGUGAUCCUUUUGUUUAUUUUCUGUCUAGUCAUUGGGUGUUUCAAGUUGAAUAAAAUGGUAUCUCUGUUCUAAGCUGGGAAUAUGAAGUCAAAUGUCAAUCAUCAAUAGGAGGGGCAAUAAGACAAAUAAACCAUUAUGUAAGGCGAAGGCUUGUAGCAUAAAAUGACACACUCGUAUUUAAGUUCAUCUUUACUGUUUUGGGCGUGAUUUGAGCUUCUCACCAUGUGAGGAACUUUCUGCUGUGGCUUGGACUAAACAUAUUAUUCUGAAUCGUAAGUUGCCAAGUUUGGUUAAUUGGAA